AUGGUGAAAAUCUUAACAACGAUCGGUACCUUUUUGAUAAUUUUGUUUAUGACACCAAUUAAGGGUUUAGAUAGAGACCACUGGGGAACACAUUUUGUUCUCACCUUCUUGGCGUACCAUGAUACAGAUAUCAAGAAUGAGGUAGUUAUAACGGCAAGAGAACAAUGUAACGUUUCUGUUAUAUUCCAUGGAACCAAUAUCGAACAUUUCAUUGAACUUGCUGCUGGAAAAUCACAGAUAUAUACUUAUGAUGAUAUCAUAACUUUAGAGCCAUUUCAUCAAGUUUUACCAAAGAAAGCCGUAUCUGUGGAAAGCUCCCGCAGUGUAUCUGUGUUUGGAAUGUCAAGAUCGAAGAAAUACGGCGAUGGUUUUUUAGCAUUGCCUACUCUGGGGCUCGGUACAGAAUAUAUAACCGUUAACUGUAACUCGACUGGAGGUUGUGAGUAUCAUGAUAUACAUAUUUCUAAAUGUAUUGCCAUGUAG